AAGGACUUGCACUUAGCUCCCUCCUCCCUCCGCACCCCCUCUCUCAACUCUUCCCCCCUUUCUUUCUUCUUCUUCUCUUAUUUGUGGCAGAUCAAUUCGAAGAGCCCCAAAAGGUUAUAUUUUUCACCCUUCGAGAAUUUUUUGUUUAUUUUAGUCCAUGUUCGUAUAGCGGCCAUCUAAAAGCCCCAAUCUUCCCAACCCAGCAAUUCCUUUUCCUCCAUCUGAAGUCUCUGUUCUCACAUUCUCACAUACACUCCCAAGUCUUCUGGGUCCUUACGCUUUGUGGGUUUGCAACCAUGAGUGGCGGCGGGCUUAGGGUUUCAAUCCCCAACGGUGUGAGGAAGACGAUCCAGGACAUCAAGGAGAUCACCGGCAAUCACAGUGAGGAGGAAAUCCACGCAAUGCUCAAAGAAUGCAACAUGGAUCCUAACGAGACCGCCCAGAAGCUUCUCCUUCAGGAUCCAUUCCAUGAGGUUAAAAGGAAACGCGACAAGAGAAAAGAGAAUCUGAACAACAAAGAGUCUGCAGAAUCCCGGUGGAGACCUGGAGGGCAGGGACGGGGGGGUAGGGGUGGCCGGGCGAAUUUUGCACCUCGUCAUAUGCCACGUGAUGCUGGUGGUGGCAGAAUGCUGGUCCUGCAACUGAGAAUGGACCCAGUCAGGGUGCCGAGAAAGGUGGUUCUCCCUCUUUCCCACCCUCUCGUGAGACAAAAAAUAAAGAGAGAAGUGUGGAUGGGCCCACCAAUGUGGCUUCUGGAGGUCCUAGUGUGGUGCAUCCCCCCCAUUUAUCUGCUGGAAGUGGUCCUGAAAAGUUUGUCACGGGUUGGGGAUAAUUUGGGAAGUUUGUUCCCCCCAGUGAAUGCAAAAGAAAGUCCCAGCAUUAAAUUUGGCAAUGAGGACUUGCAGGAGCAGCCCGCACCAAGCUCCAGUAGCAGCUCAGUGUUGGCAAACCCAGCAUCUACACUGGCAGCUUGUUUCUCACCUUCAGAUCCUGUACUCAUGCCAUCUAAUGAUUCACGGCUCCCAGGUUCUGUGGGCACAAUUAAACGUGAAGUAGGGAGCCAUCAUCCUCCAGCAUUUUUGGAUGACAAUAUAACAGCUUCAGAGGUUGGUAGCUCUCCUGCACAAGGUAAAGUGGCAAGCAAGACACAGGGAGUUGGGAAAAGUCAGCUUUCUGAUCUUUCACGCUCUUCAUCUACAUCAACUCAUGGUGGUUCAGGUAGUCGACCAUCAUCUAAUUACAGUAGCCGGUCACAACAAUUGAUUGGCACUCAAAAAGCAGUUGGUACCAACAAAGAGUGGAAACCAAAACCAAUCAAUUCUGCUGUUGUUCAAGGUCUGGGAACUGCUCCCACAUCUGAGCUUUCUUCCAAUUCUAUAGAGGUCCCUUCCCAGUCACAGCUGGUCUCAAGAGUCCUUGAUUCAGAAGAAGCAACUUCAAAACUGCAGAGAAAGCUAGAGGAAUUACACCUUCCUCAGCGCAAAGUAGUUAUUCUUCCAAAUCACAUCCAUGUUCCAGAAUCUGAAAGAACCAAGUUGAGUUUUGGAAGUUUUGGUGCUAUGUUUGGCAUAAGUACUGGCUAUGUGAGUGCUCCUGAGAGUGAUAAGAGCUCAACACCACGGUCCGAGACUUCUCAGGUUGUUGAAGAAUCUGUGGAGGAACAAUCCUCAAGCAAUCAAAAUGCUUCGGCAACUGCUGAUGAAGGUGAUUAUCCUGAUCAUCCGCAAUCACCUCCUCUAGUAUCCGAAAAUAUAUCAUCUGGUGAGGGUGAUGUAUCAUCCAGUGUAUCCCCAGGACACAAUGAAUCUAAGCAUGACACUGCAUUGCCAUCUGGGGGCCAUCAGUUCUCGGUGGCUCAUACUUCUCCGAACUACAGUUUUGGGUUUGUGCCCCCAAUUUUAGGGAGUCAGCUUGCACCAUUUGAAAACUCUGAGUCUCAAGCACGUGAUGUUUCUCGCCUUCCAAGCUUUGUAGUACAACCACCCUUUGACCCAGCAAGUUAUUAUGCCCAAUAUUACCGCUCAGGUGCUGAUAGUGAUGGCCGCCUUUCUCCAUUUCCUUCUCCUGGGGUUUCCACCAAGUACAAUGCGAACGUUGCAGUAUUGCCUCAAAGUUCUCAGUCUCCCCAAGAGGGCGGGGUUCUAUCUGCAGCUGGCCCAACACCAUUGGUGACACAGGCUCCUGGGAUUGUUCAGAGCUCGAUAUCUGUAACUCAGCAGCCAGUUCCUGUCUUUCGACCACCAGCUGGGAUGCACAUAUCUCAUUAUCCUCAUAACUAUUUUCCCUACAGUCACUACUUUUCCCCAAUCUAUGUUCCACCUCCAGCCAUCCACCAAUUUUUGGGCAAUGGUGCAUUUCCUCAGCAACCUCAAGCUGGUGGUGUGUAUCCAGCUCCGCCAGCAGCAGCAGCCACAGGAGUCAAAUACUCACUGCCGCAAUACAAAACAGGGACUAAUACAGGGAACUCUGCCCAUAUGGGAAUGGCAAGUGGUUAUGGGCCAUAUGGCUCUUCCCCAGCUGGUUAUAAUCCGAGUGCUCCCACAACGGUAGGAAACUCUACGUCUAAUGAGGAUCUUGCCUCAUCUCAGUUCAAGGAAAAUAAUGCAUACAUCACGGGACAGCAGAGUGAAGGAUCUUCUGUGUGGGUUGCAGCACCUGGCCGAGACAUAUCCAGCUUAACAAGUUCAUUUUACAACCUUCCCCCUCAGGGUCAGCACAUGACUUUCACCCCAACGCAGGCUGGCCAUGGAACCUUUGCUGGUCUCUACCACCCUGCACAAGCAGUAACAGCAGCAGCAGUUCAUCCGCUUCUCCAACAACCCCAGACCAUGGCUGGGGCUGUUGACAUGGUGGGACCUGGGGGCAAUGUUUAUCAACAGCCUCAACAUGCACAAAUGAACUGGCCGAGUAACUACUGAAACAUUUUGUAAACUUCAAAAGAAGAAUAUCUUGGAAAUUAUCCAACUCCAGCUAGUUUGGGUGGAGAGAAGCAUCAAGAGGAUACGAAGUUGGCUUAGAUUGAGUGCAAAUCCGUAAAAGGAGGCUUGGAAACAAAAAAAAAGGAAUUCGCUGAUAGUAUCUUCAGAUUGUUUUGAGGACAUAAAAGGUGCGGUCCACCUGUAACUGAGAUUGACCAUUUUAGUUGGUUAAGGUAGGCAUGGCAGGUCGUCUUUUUCUUGUGCUGCUUUAUGGUGUUACCAUUUUUUCCGUUUCAUAGUUUUGAGUCCUAUCUGGUCUCUUCCCUUCAGUUCGUUUUACUUUAUUUUUUUGGAGUUCUUGAACUGAGAAUUUACCGUUGCGUGGUGAGAAUCUCUUCCAUUCUUUACUCUUUUAUAUUUGAGGUCUUAUAGCUUAAGGAAGGUAAGAUUAUAGGCUGCCGAAGAAUUUUUAGCAUUCCACUCUGCUGUCUUACCUGUAAAGUGAAUUUUGAUAGCAAGAAACAUCUGUAUUCAACUGUUGUAUUUGUUAUAACAGAAGCAAACAUGUCAUUAUUA